GGGCGGUUGCUGUGUGCAUAAAAGCCUUCGGCCGAGGAGCAGACAGAACUUUCGUUGGAAGUUUGAGAGAGACCAACCAAAGUCAUCUACAGUCAGCCAGCCAGUCAGCCAGUCAGUCAGCCAGCCAGUCAGCCAGUCAGACAGACCACAGCUCUUCUACUGGUACAGUACUACUCCUCUUCCUCCAUCAACCAUGACAGAGAGACGUGUCCCCUUCAGCCUGCUCCGCACCCCCAGCUGGGACCCCUUCCAUGACUGUUACCAGGGCAGCCGGCUCUUUGACCAGGCCUUCGGCAUGCCGGCCCUCCCUGAGGAGUUCCCCACCUUCCCCAGCACCCACUGGCCCGGCUACAUGCGCCCAUCUGCCCUUAGCCCUGACAUGUCCGCUGCUGGAUUCAUACCCUCCAUGAUGCCCCAGAGCCCUGUGAUGUUCCCCCUGCAUAGUGCCAUGAUGCAGGCUGCCAUGAUGCCCCAGGCCGCGGUGAUGCCCCAGGCCCCCAUGAUGACUCAGGCUGGGGCAGCAUCGUACGCCCAUGCCCUCUCUCGCCAGCUCAGCUCUGGCAUGUCUGAGAUCAAGCAGACCCAGGAGGCCUGGAAGGUCACUCUGGACGUCAACCACUUCUCCCCUGAGGAGCUGGUGAUCAAGACCAAGGACGGCGUGGUGGAGAUCACUGGCAAGCAUGAGGAGAGGAAAGACGAACAUGGAUUCGUGUCCAGAUGCUUCACCAGGAAAUACACCCUGCCCUCUAUGGCCGACGCUGAGAAGGUGACGUCCACCCUGUCCUCUGAGGGAAUUCUGACCGUGGAGGCUCCUCUGAACAAGCAGGCCAUCAAGGCUGCAGAGAUCUCCAUUCCUGUCACCAUGGGCAGCAGCAAGACCAAACCUGACGACAUGACGAUGAGGAAGGGAAGAGACGAAGGGCACCACCCUGACGAACAUGACAAUGAGGAAGAAGAGGGGUGAAGAAACUCCACACACACACACACACACACUGUAGUUUUUAUUGUAUUUAUUACUGUAGUUGUUACUGUGGUUGUUACUGUAGUUUUUAUUGUAUUUAUUACUGUAGUUGUUACUGUAGUUGUUACUAUGGUUAUUAGGUGAUAUCAGUCAUGAUGA